AAAGUAGAUUAAAGAAAAAGAAAAUAAAAGAGAGAAUUUUCCCCAAAACUAGGAGAAAACUUGUCUUCGUCCUCAGGCGAAGUUUGUUCUCUCCAUUUUCCGAUGGAUUAAGCUACCUUCUCCAAACCCUAAAAUUCCAUCCCAAAAUCGGUUUCCCUAUCAACGAAUCUUCCUUAUCCUUGCACGCAGGGAUUGAUUUUUUAUUUGGGGGUGAAAUAGAAAGCGAUGAUUCCGAAUCCGGAUCAAAUUCAGUACGCCUGCAUCGCGAGAGGCACCACCGUGUUAGCGGAAUUCAACUCCAAGGACGCCGCGCUCGGCGCAAUCGCCGCCAAAUGCCUCAACAACGCGCCGUCGCUGCACGCCACGUUCACGCACACCGUCCGUUCGAAGACGUACACUUUCCUGAUCGACGAACCCUUGGUCUAUUUCGUGAUUUUCGACGAGAAGCUGGAGAAAUCCGAGGGUUUGGCCUUUCUAAGAAGCGUGCGGGACGCUUUCUCCAAGGUCCUCAAAGGGGAGAGGAAGCUCGAGAAAUUGAGCUCCCAUUGUUAUCAGGGUGAAUUCAACCCUGUUUUUCGUCAGUUGUUGGGCCCCGCGUUGUACCAUAUGGAAAUCGGGUCGCCAACUGGUCGGAGAAUCGGUCAAAGCGGGCUCUUGCAAUCCGGGUCGGGUCCAAUUAGGGAUAGGGGCGGGAAGCCCAAUGGGGAGAAGGGGUUGACCAAGAUGAAGAAUCAGCUGCUUGGACAGCUCAAAAUCGGGUGGAGAAAUGGGGAGAAAGAGAACGACGAAAACGGUGGGAGUGGGAUUGGAUUGAGCCGCGAGUUUUCGAUGAUAUCGGACAAGAGUGGAGGAGGGGGUUGUUACUCUGCUGAAUCGAAGGCCAAGAAUGUUUGGAAGAAGCAAGUUUGGGUUGUUCUCUCUCUAGAUUUGAUCUUUUGUGCCAUACUGUUUGCUGUUUGGUUGUGGGUUUGCAGCGGUUUCCAAUGCAUGGCGAGCUGAAUUCACCGGGUACAGGAUAUAUACGUUGAUAGAUAGAUGUAUCUACUUGUUUUUCUUUUGCAUAUUAUUUAUAUUUCGACACUUCGAUGUUGUGAAUACAUACACGAUUUAUACGAAUCAUAAGCAAAAAAUGUAUCUUUACGGCAA